AUGACUGUACUGAAACUUCUAAGAAACCUUUCAGCAACACUCAGUUCACCCUCCAAAAGCAGUGACAUCAAUACGACUGAAAUGAACAUCACUACAGCUGAAUAUCUGAUUGAGAUUGAGAUUGAUGAAGUAGAUAUGACAGUCUUGAUGUUACUGAGGAACCUUUCAUCAACAUUCAGUUCACCCUGCAAAAAUAGUAACAUCCGUAUGACUGUAAUGAACAUCACUACAGCUGAAUAUCUGUUUGAGAUUGAGAUUGAUGCAGUCGACAUAACAGACUUGAUGUUACUGAGGAACCUUUCAGCAACAAUAAGUUCACCCAUUAAAAGUAGUAACAUCAAUAUGACUGAAUUGAACAUCACUACAGUGUGCAGUUUGAAUGGUACUGAAUAUUGGUGCAGCUGCAUCAACUCACAUCCAGAUGAUGGACAUUUCUGUCAACCAAUCAAUGAGCUGACUAGUAUGUACGAUAUGGAACAUGAAAGUGAUGAAUAUAUGAUUGAGAUUGAGGUUGUUGCAGUAGAUAUGACUGUACUGAAACUUCUAAGAAACCUUUCAGCAACACUCAGUUCACCCUCCAAAAGCAGUGACAUCAAUACGACUGAAAUGAACAUCACUACAGCUGAAUAUCUGAUUGAGAUUGAGAUUGAUGAAGUAGAUAUGACAGUCUUGAUGUUACUGAGGAACCUUUCAUCAACAUUCAGUUCACCCUGCACAAAUAGUAACGUCAAUAUCACUGCAAUGAACAUCACUACAGCUGAAUAUCUGUUUGAGAUUGAGAUUGAUGCAGUCGACAUAACAGACUUGAUGUUACUGAGGAACCUUUCAGCAAAAAUAAGUUCACCCAUUAAAAGUAGUAACAUCAGUAUGACUGAAUUGAACAUCACAACAGCUGAAUAUCUGAUUGAGAUUGAGAUUGAUGAAGUAGAUAUGACAGUCUUGAUGUUACUGAGGAACCUUUCAUCAACAUUCAGUUCACCCUGCAAAAAUAGUAACAUCUGUAUGACUGUAAUGAACAUCACUACAGUGUGCAGUUUAAAUGAAACUGAAUAUCAGUGCAGAUGUGAGGAUCAGUAUUUCUGGCCAUGUGAAAAGUGCACAUUGUAUGGGUCUUGUGAUGAUGUCACCAAUUCCUCAUGUGGCUGCAUUACUGCUCUUCCAAAUGAUGGACACUUCUGCCAACCAAUCAAUGAGCUGACUAAUAUCUCUACAUGUCCAACUGUGACACACACAGUCACCUCUUCCCCAGCUGAAUAUCUGAUUGAGAUUGAGAUUGAUGAAGUAGAUAUGACAGUCUUGAUGUUACUGAGGAACCUUUCAUCAACAUUCAGUUCACCCUGCACAAAUAGUAACCUCAAUAUCACUGCAAUGAACAUCACUACAGUGUGCAGUUUAAAUGAAACUGAACAUCAGUGCAGAUGUGAGGAUCAAUAUUUCUGGCCAUGUGAAAAGUGCACAUUGUAUGGGUCUUGUGAUGAUGUCACCAAUUCCUCAUGUGGCUGCGUUACUGCUCUUCCAAAUGAUGGACACUUCUGCCAACCAAUCAAUGAGCUGACUACUGAAUAUCUGUUUGAGAUUGAGAUUGAUGCAGUAGACAUAGCAGCCUUGAUUUUACUGAGGAACCUUUCAGCAACAAUAAGUUCACCCAUUAAAAGUAGUAACAUCAAUAUGACUGAAUUGAACAUCACUACAGUGUGCAGUUUGAAUGGUACUGAAUAUCGGUGCAGGUGUGAGGAUCAGUAUUUCUGGCCAUGUGAAAGGUGCACAGUGUAUGUGUCUUGUGAUUACGUCACUGAAUCCUCAUGUGGCUGCAUCAAUUCACUUCCAGAUGAUGGACAUUUCUGUCAACCAAUCAAUGAGCUGACUAAUAACUCUACCUGCCCACCUGUAACACCCACAGAUGAAUAUAUGAUUGAGAUUGAGGUUGUUGCAGUAGAUAUGACUGUACUGAAACUUCUAAGAAACCUUUCAGCAACACUCAGUUCACCCUCCACAAAUAGUAACAUCAAUACGACUGAAAUGAACAUCACUACAGCUGAAUAUCUGUUUGAGAUUGAGAUUGAUGCAGUCGACAUAACAGACUUGAUGUUACUGAGGAACCUUUCAGCAACAAUAAGUUCACUCUCCAAAAAUAGUAACAUCAAUAUGACUGAAUUGAACAUCACUACAGCUGAAUAUCUGAUUGAGAUUGAGAUUGAUGAAGUAGAUAUGACAGUCUUGAUGUUACUGAGGAACCUUUCAUCAACAUUCAGUAACGUCAAUAUCACUGCAAUGAACAUCACUACAGUGUGCAGUUUAAAUGAAACUGAAUAUCAGUGCAGGUGUGAGGAUCAGUAUUUCUGGCCAUGUGAAAAGUGCACAUUGUAUGGGUCUUGUAAUAACGUCACCAAUUCCUCAUGUGACUGCGUCAACAAUCUUCCAAAUGAUGGACACUUCUGCCAACCAAUAGCUGAGCUGACUUCACACCAAGCGCUGCUUGGAGACCAGAUUAUCAAAGCAGAUAAACAGGGAGGAGGAUUUAUGCCUCGAGUGGUGGACAGAAGUUCUCAGGGCUCUUGCUGGGCACAGCAAGUGCAGCCUCUCCUGUUCUGCCGACUCAUGGAGCAGAGGAGAGAAGGCCUGCAAGAUGACCAGACGACCACUUGCCAUUGUGCAGAAAACGAGAGACCAGAGGGUGCCUACCCAAGGAGGCCCAGAGGACAAUUUUGUGUUGAUUAUAUGAUUGAGAUUGAGAUUGGUGCAGUAGAUACAACAGUCCUGAAACAACUGAAGAACAUUUCAGUGACUCUCAUUUUACCCUUAAUGCAUAGUAACAUCAAUAUGACUAAAAUGAACAUCACUACAGUGUGUACUUUGAAUGGUACUGAAUAUCAGUGCAGGUGUGAGGAUCAGUAUUUCUGGCCGUGUGAAAAGUGCACACUAUAUGGGUCUUGUAAUAAUGUCACCAAUUUCUCGUGUGACUGCAUCAACACUCUUCCAAAUGAUGGACACUUCUGCCAACCAAUCAAUGAGCUGACUAUACUACAGUACUACUUUCCCUUAGCUGAAUAUCUGAUUGAGAUUGAGAUUGAUGCAGUAGAUAUAACAGAACUAAAACUACUGAUGAACCGUUCAGCGACACUAAAUUCACCCUUCAUAUAUAGUAACAUCAACAUGACUGAAAUCGACAUCACUACAGUGUGCAGUGUGAAUGGUACUGAAUAUCAGUGCAGGUGUGAGGAUCAGUUUUUCUGGCCAUGUGAAAAGUGCACACUGUAUGGGUCUUGUGAUGAUGUCACCAAUUCCUCAUGUGGCUGCAUUAACACUCUUCCAGAUGAUGGACACUUCUGCCAACCAAAUAAUGAGCUGACUACUGAAUAUCUGAUUGAGAUUGAGAUUAAUGCAGUAGAUAUAACAGUCUUGAUGUUACUGAGGAACCUUUCAUCAAUAUUCAAUUUACCCUCCAAAAACAGCAACAUCAAUAUGACUGAAAUGUACAUCACUACAGUGUGCAGUUUGAAUGGUACUGAAUAUCAGUGCAGGUGUGAGGAUCAGUAUUUCUGGCCGUGUGAAAAGUGCACACUAUAUGGGUCUUGUGAUGAUGCCAUCAACGAUACAUGUGGCUGCAUCAAUGCUCUUCCAAAUGAUGGACACUUUUGCCGACUAAUCAAUGAGCUGACUAAUAACUCUACCUUUCAAGUUGUAACACCCACAGCUGAAUAUCUGACUGAGAUUGAGCUUGAUGCAGUAGAUAUAACUGUGCUAAAACUUCUAAGAAACCUUUCAGCGACACUCAGUUCACCCUUCAUACAUAGUAAAAUCAGUAUGACUGAAAUGAACAUCACUACAGUGUGCAGAUCGAAUGGUGCUGCUUAUCAGUGCAGGUGUGAGGAUCAGUAUUUCUGGCCAUGUGAAAAGUGCACAGUAUACGGCUCCUGUGAUGAUGUCACCAAAGGUUUCUGCAGCUGCAUCAACGUUCUUUCAAAUGAUGGACACUUUUGCCAACCAAUCAAUGAGUUUACUGCAACACCCACAACACUGACAGAGUUUGUAGAAUUCACAAAAACAUCCAACACAAAUACACCCACCACAUCCACAGCCAACUCAACAACUGCUGCAGCCUUAACCGCCACAAAUACAUCAACCACAUACACAGCCAACACAUCUACUAGUGCAACACCAUCCACAACAACCACAGCCACCACUUCCACAUCCACCCCAUCUGCAGACAUCCAUGUAUUAAACUUCUCACUGGCUAUAAAUGAAGAAUUUGACUUUGCACUCACUGAUAAACAUAGUGCAAAAUACCAAGCAUAUAAAACAAGAAUUGAGAGCUCAAUUGAUGGUAGUUACAGAAAUGUACCUACGUACCAAGCCAACUCUGGAAAAGUGACUGGAUUCAGAACAGGCAGUGUGAUUGCAGACUUUAGUAUCAAAACAACAAGUGAUAACAUUAAUUUGGUAUCAGUGAACCAACAGAUUGCUGUCAAUCUACGUUCAGAGGGAUUUAAUGUGAGCGAAACUGCAUUCAGUCAAAGUGUGAAAGAUGGACUAUAUGACAGCAAUAGCUAUAUAUAUCCUGGGACAAAUCUAAUACUGAUCUGCAAUGCUCCAGUUACUGAUGACAUUACAUGGACCAUGAAUGGGAAUAAACUAAAACCAUCGGAUAAGUAUGCCAUUAAUAGAACUGGACUCAUUGUGAAUAAUGUUACUCCCAUUGACAGUGGUCAAUAUGCAUGCACAACAACAGUGAACUCAGUACCCUAUGUUAUCUGGCAAACCAUUGCAAUCCAGCCAUACCCCAACAUCCAAGUGAGCAGUGACAAAGUUGUAAAAUGUGAGGAUUCAGUGAUCACACUGCAGUGUUGUGUUCAGGGGAUGUAUGCAGUGAAAUGGACUGACACUGUAGCUUGCAGUUCAACUUCAACAGUCCCACUGAAAGGCUGCACAUUUUGUGAAUAUAAAAUAAAUAAUCAGGACUGCCAGUCUACAGACCAAGUAAUACAGGUCACCUGUCAACUCACAUCUCCUAUCAGUGGAAAUACAGCUCAAAGUUACAAAUCAAAGAGCAUCAAAAUUGAAGUGAUGAAAAGGGCAUUUACCUGCUCUGACAGUGUAUUUGGAGCUGGACAUUUAGGAGAUGUACACAUUGGUGACUGUAAUGGAAAUAUGGUUGGCUCUCAAAAGGCUGUGUGUAAUUCAUCAGGCCUCUGGGAUACCACUGAAAACAACUGUGUCCUACGCAUCAUUCAAAAUUUAAAAGAUGAAGCUCAGAAUUUACAAGUAACAGGCAUCCAAGACUUUAUGGGCAAUGUCAUCAGUAAUACUACAGAAGCGACCCAAAGCAUAAUUGCAUCUCCAGCAACCAUAUUGACAAUUGUAGAAAUACUGACAAUCAUUUCUAAUCUCUCACAAACAAUUUUAAUCAAUCAACCUGUUAUGACGAAUUUCCUGAAAACAACUGACAUAAUUGGAUCAGUAGGUGCACGGGAUAUGUGGACACGUUUAAACAAAAACAGUACAACCAUGAAUGCCAGUUCUGAACUACUGAAGUCUAUUGAAAGCAUUGCAAGCAGACUCGGGAAUGAAAACAUCAGCAUAACAACAAACUACACAACUCUUAGUAAAGUUAACAUUUCUGCCCCAUUUUCUGAAACGUUCGGUAUAAAUUUAACUACCCAAAUAAAUUUACCCAUGAUUAAGCAACCUACUUUCAUCACAGUGAUAAUUUCUUCUGCCCUUGAAAAUGCCUUACCUGUUCGAAAUCUGACCAACAAUGACAGCAGUCAAACAGGCACCAAGAUCAAUGGAGAUGUAGCUGUGAUUGAGACAACCUCAGUAAUUAACAAUAUCUCCCUUUCUUUUGCCAUCAAAAAUGAGACACUGGGAAACCCUCAGUGUGUCUUUUGGAACUAUAGUCUUCUGAAUGGUGUUGGUGGCUGGGACUCGACUGGAUGCCAACUAAAGCCAUUAGGGAAUAAACCUGAAAGAUAUACAUGUGAGUGCACUCACACAACCUCUUUUUCAAUCUUGAUGUCACCAUUUUCACAUGAAAAUGCAAUCCUAGAUUAUAUAACCUACAUUGGUGUUGCUAUUUCAAUGGGGAGCUUGGUCUUGUGCCUCUUCAUUGAAAUCAUCAUAUGGAAAUCAGUGACACGAAAUGACACAUCCUGCAUGCGCCAUGUCUCCAUAGUCAACAUCGCUAUCUCCCUUCUGAUUUCAAACACUUGCUUCAUUAUUGGAACAAAUGGUGUAAAAAAAGAAGUGGAUCCCUGCAGUACAGUGACAUUCUUCAUGCACUUCUUUUAUCUUGCCCUUUUUUUCUGGAUGUUGCUGUCAGCACUCUUGCUCCUCUACCGCACCCUCAUGGUCUUUUCCAGAAUGACCAGAGCAGCAAUGAUGGGCAUAGGCUUCACUGUUGGCUAUGGAGCCCCAUUGAUCAUAGCUGUCAUUACUGUGGCAUCUACAGCUGGAAACAAAGGAUACAUUCAACAAGAUUACAAUUGUUGGCUAAACUGGAACCAAACGAAGGCCCUCCUGGCAUUUGUGAUUCCAGCUCUGACGAUUGUAGCUAUAAACCUCCUGGUGCUUAUUGUGGUUCUGUGUAAAAUGUUAAGGAGAGGAGUUAAUGCCUCUACUCAGCCAGAUGAGAAACAUCCCCUAGUGGUCAUUGCUAGAUGUGUGGCGAUUUUAACACCUCUCUUUGGUCUAACGUGGGGAUUUGGAAUUGGGACCAUGGUGUCAUCGAACUUUGGGAUUCAUGUGGUGUUCGCAUUCCUUAAUUCACUGCAGGGUUUUUUUAUUUUGCUGUUUGGAAUAUUACUGGAUAAUAAGGUCAGAGAAGCAUUGGCAGGAAAGCUGGGACUGAAGAACCUCAGUUCGAAUCAUACCAGGAGAAUGAGUGCAAGACCAUCAUCCUCAAGUGGCGUUCCUUUCAUUCAGAGGGUAUAACAGAGAAGUUUGUAAAUUAACUGAAAUUUGAUUUUUCUGAUUUUUGUACUCAUCUCCAUUCAGUUAAUACUCUUCAGUUUUGUUCUUUUAAUAUUGUACAUUUACAUGAAUUGUAUUGUCCAUGUGAAUUGUAUUGUCAGCAAGGUUAAUGCUGUUAAUUAAGCAGUAAAUAAAAGUAGCAUAAAUAUAUUUUUACCACUCAGCUGUCAGCUCCCAUCAUUGUUGCCUGAUGUUUCCAGGCAAAUCAAUGUCAUAAAGUACCAAACUUCACAUAUUUUAAAGGAGCAAACUUUUCAUUAUUUGAACUUUUAUCAUUACUUGGUGUGCAAACCACACAUAGUUAUUUGGAGAUGCUAAAAUUGUUCUCCUGUUUCCUUUUUACUCCUUUCUUUUUCCUUUUUUUGUGUAAUUAUUAGUUUCGUGUAUUUCCUGGUUUUAGACUUGUAGUGUUUCUAAUAUUUGUAAGAUGGGUUAUUAUUGCAAGCUGGUCACCUUAUUGUCAAGACCACUGUAUCAGAAAUGUUCUCUCGCGUCCAAGCCUCGCCAUCUCCAUAGAAAGCCCAAGAGCACCACAAUCCCACAAGAGUACCAUGAGUUGCGCUAGGUGUUCAGCAAGGAAAGGGCCACUUAAGCCCUUUCUUAAGCUUCUUCAGCUUCUUCUUUGUUGAAAAAAAGGAUGACAGUCUCCAGCCUUGCAUCGAUUAUAGGGGUCUGAAUGCUAUCACGGUGUGCUACCCCUACCCUCUGACACUGAUCCCAAUGGCUUUGGAGCAACUGAGGGAGGAUUGGGUCUUCACCAAGCUCUAUCUACUCAGCGCCUACAACCUUGUAUGGAUCAGAAAGGGGGACGAGUGAAAGACAGCCUUCCACACCACCAGGGGGCAAAACGAAUACUGGUUAUGCCCUGUGGACUUACCAAUCCCCCAGGUGUUCAUUAAUGAUAUCUUCAGAGACCUGAUCAACCGAUGUGUCAUCACCUACAUCUACACCUACAUCACCACAAGGACUCUAUCACGUUUCUGGGGUACAUCAUCUCUUGGAAUGGGGUAGAGAUGGAAUCCAGCAAGGUGAGGGAGGUGAUGGAGGGUGAUGGCGGUUCCUAGGGUUUGUGUACUUCUACCGUCAGUUCAUCCACAACUACAGCAGUAUAGCCAACCCAUUAAACUCCCUCCUGUGCUGAUCCUGAAACUCAGACUCCCAUUCAUCGAGGUACUGCCGUCCUCAGUCAUGCUCACGCUAAUCUGAUGGAUUCAGAUAGAAUCACGCUAAUCUGAUGGAGUCAGGCCCAGGUCAACAAGCCCCCACCUCCAUCCUUCCCUCCAAGCUCUAUGUGCCCACCUCACUGCACCCUUGAGUAUUGUGGUGGGUGCAUGAAGCACCCAGUUCGGGCCACCCAGGUAUCCGCCAAACCACGAACCUAAUACGAAACUGGUUCUGGUGGCCCUCCCUGUCCCAAGAUGUGGUGGAAUAUGUAGAGUAAUGUGCCACCUGCACACAGUCCCGGACGAGCCGACAGUUCCCCACUAGACUCCUGGAGCCCCUGCCGGUCCCUCGCUGACCCUGGUGCUGAAAUGGCGGUUGACUUCAUCACUGACCCCCCGGACUCAGGAGGAUACAACACAAUCCUCUGGUUUUCCAAAGCUUGCCGGCUGGUGCCACUGAAGGGCCUACCCACAGACAUGGAAACUGCCACAGCACUAUUCAACCAGGUUUUUUCACACCUAUGAGCUCCCUGAGGACAUCAUGUCGGGCCGAGGGCCUCAGUUCACAUCGAGAGUCUGGUGGGCAUUCUGCACCCACCUGGGGGUCAAGAUUAAUCUCAGCUCAGGCUAACACCCACAGUCUAAUGUACAGAUGGAGCGGCUGAACAAAGAGAUCGGCCGCUUCCAGGUUUUUUGGACAUUUAAGCAGCGUGCAUUCUAUGUUUCACAUUUGAAGUAUUAUUCCAUGUGAGUUACUAAGCUGUUCUGCUCUGUUUGCUUGUUCUUGGAUUAUCAUGUUUUACCUUUGCCCCAUCUUUGCAUUUUCUUGAGUUUGGUUUUGUGUUUUUGGUUUGUUUAUUCGGAUUAUUGCUUCCCUGGUUUGACUCAAAUUUGCCUCUACCCGGUUACAAUUACCAGCCUGUCAUUUUGGAUUUGUCUAAUAGACUCUGCUCAUGGAUCCUAACUCUCCCACCUCUGUCUUACUCCAUGUUGUUGAGGUCAGGACAACACUUUAUUCAUUUCUACCAGGUGUUUUUCUGCAGAUGGUGCAAGACCAGAAUGUCAUCCAUAAAACACACUACAUGUUGAAGUCCUUGGAGGAUUUGGUCCAUCAUGUGUUGGAAAAUCGCAGGUGCUGUGAAAAUUCCAUAAUACCAUAGAUGGUAUUUAAACCAUCAAGCAAGGGCUUUGUAUGUGUUCAUGAUAAGAUACUGCUCAGCAUCCAGCUCCAGCUGCUGAGAUUCAAAGAACAGGUCAAUCUUGCAAGGUGGCAAAAAAGAUCCUCUACGUUAGGUUGUGGGUAUUCCAAUGCAUGAAUUCAUAUGUUCACUCUGACUUUGUAAUCACCACACAGUCUUACUGUCUUGUCUUUCUGAAGGACAACCACAAUGGGUGCUGCCCAAUCAUUCCUUCCAACUUGAGAGAUAAUUCCAUUCCUCUCCAUGAGAUGAUGUUCCUUUUCCACUGCUUCUUUAAGUGAAUAUGGAGCAGGUCUUGAUUUGUGAAAGAUAGGUUGGGCUCCUUCUUUCACUCUCACCUUUGCUUUAAAGGCAGUAAUUUUACCAAACCCAUCAGCUGUUUGUGUUUUUCUAGUACAUCACAGAGAAAAGAAAUACUCAUAUGUUUUAAGCUGAAAAUCUCCUUCCAGCUUAAAUAUAUCUUGAACACUGUUGUCCCUCAUAUGUCACUGGAAACUUGAUCUCACCAAGCACAGGGAUUUUGUCCCCAGUAUACGAGACCAGAUGAAUGGAAAUUUGCUGCAGCACACAGCCCUUCAAUUUUUCUUUAUAGAUAUGCUCUGGGACUAAGGACAAAAAGGCUCCUGUCUGUAGCUGCCUGCUCAGUGCCCUUACGCCAGCAUGUCCUGGGUCUUCCCCGGGGUCUCUUCCUGGUGGGACAUGCCUGGAACACCUCCCCUGGGAGACGUCCAGGAGGCAUCCGAAACAGGUGCCCGAGCCACUUCAACUGGCCCCUUUCGAUGUGGAGGAGCAGCAGCUCUACUCCAUGCUCCUCCUGGGUGACAGAGCUCCUUACCCUAUCUCUAAGGGAAUGCCCUGGCACCUUACGAAGGAAACUCAUUUCGGCCGCCUGUAUCUGGGAUCUUGUCCUUUCGGUCAUGACCCAAAGCUCAUGACUAUAAGUGAGAGUAGGAACGUAGAUUGACUGGUAAAUCGAGAGCUUCACCUUUUGGCUCAGCUCCUUCUUCACCACAACAGACCAGUACAUAGACCACAUUGCUGCUGCCGCUGCACCAAUCCCUCUGUCAAUCUCACGCUCCAUCCUUCCCUCACUCGUAAAAAAAACUCAGAGACACUUAAACUCCUCCAUUUGAGGGAGGAACACUCCUCCAACCUGGAGGGGAGAAACUACCUUUUUCUGGUUGAGAACCAUGGCCACAGAUUCGGAGGUGCUGAUCCUCAUCCCUUGGCUGCAAACCGCCCCAGUGCAUGCUGUAGGUCCUGACUCGAAGAAGUCAACAGGACAACAUCACUUGCAAAAAGCAGAGAUGAAAUCCUGUUGUCCCCAAACCGGACUCCCUCCAGCCCCUGGCUGAGCCUAGAAAUUCUGUCCAUAAAAAUAAUGAACAGAACUGGUGACAAAGGACAGCACUGCACCUCCAACAUGCACUGGGAACAGGUCUGACUUACAGCCGGCAAUGUGAACCAAGCCAUGGACCCCAUACUCCCAGAGCACCUCCCACAGAAUGCCACAAGGGACACGGUCGAAGUUCCACAACUAGGACAAAAACUGCAUUGUUUCUCCUGAAUCUGAGGUUCAACUAACAGUCGGACUCUCCUCUCCAGUACCUGGAAUAGACUUUCCCUAGGAGGCUGAGGAGUGUGAUCCCCCUAUAGUUGGAACACACCCUCCGAUCCUCCUUUUUAAAAAGAGGGACCACCAUCCCGGUCACUCAGUCCAGAGGCACAGUCCUAUGAACACCAACAUAUGUUGCAGAGACGUGUCAGCCAAAACAGCCUCCCCUGGUGCCUUGCCAUCACAGAGCUGCUGGACUCGAGGAGCUGCUUAGUGACUUCAGCUUGGGUGAUGGAUGAAUCUACCUCUGAGUCCUCAGCCUCUGCUUCCUCUAUGGAAGGUGUGUCAGUGGGAUUAAGAAGAUCCUCGAAGUUUUCCUUCCACCAACAGUGUUGGCAGAGUGCUGCUUACCCCUACUGAGGCGCUGGACGGUCUGCUAGAAUGUCCCCGUGGCCAACCGAUAGUCCUUCUCCAUGGCCUCACCAAACUCCUCCCAGACCCAAGUUUUUGCUUCUGUGUACAACUAUGGAGUCUCCAGUCAUGGCACCUUCCAGCACCCCUUGCAGGGUCUCCAAGAAGGUUGGGUACUCCACACUGCUGUUCAGCCCAUAAGCCAAGACAACAGUGAGACACCUAUCCCUGACCCGAAGGCGCAGGGAAGCCACCCUCUCAUUUACCGGGGAAAACUCCAACACAUGGCAGCUAGGGGGCUAUAAGCAAGUCCACCAGAGCCUGUUGCUUCUCACCAUGAGGCACUCCAGAGUAGUACAGGGUCCAACCUCUCUCAAUGAGUUGGGUUCCAGAGCCCAGGCUGUGCAUGGGGGCGAGCCUGACUAUCUCUAGCCAGUACUGCUCAGCCUCCCCCACCAGCUCACCCUCAGUGAGGUGACAUUCCAUGUCCCAAGAGCCAGAUUCUUUAACCAGAGUUUGGGUUGUCAAGGCCCUGCCCACCCAAACCACAUAGCACAGACCCUAGUAUUUUGAUGAUCACUUCUUGUGGUGUGUGGUGGCAAAUGUCAUGUGCUAUAUUUUUGUCUUUCUACCUUAUAUUUUGGCUUUCUACCUUUGCUUUGACUUGGUAACUGCUUUUAUGAUGUGUUAGCAUAAUGCUAUCUGAUUUAUUAAAUGAUAUUGUGAUAUGAUGUCUUGGUCUAAUAAUAUACUGUAUAAUAGAAAUGGCAGUUAUCUAUCAAAUAUGUUGUUCAUAAGACACUUUACUACUGUUGUGACUCAUUUUUGGAUCGAGGCGUUGCUACUAGUCAUUAAGUUACAUUUGACAUCACUAUUCAUGUCGAAUAACCAUUCUAAAGGUUUUCACAAGUUAACAAUAAAGUAAUCUGUCAGAAAGUUUUUUAAGUAACCUUAAGUGUUAGUAUGGGAAAGAGUUUGCAAAUGAUGUGCCUUUUUAACAAUUUCCUUACUGUUACUUGCUGAAGUGACAUACAGUAUGAUACAUAUAUUAUUAUUUAUAUUAUUUAGUAUAUCCAUAUCAUAGUUGCAUUAACAUGCCUUUAUUUUUAGAGCCUAAAGAAGUUGUUAUAGAAACUUUUUCUGAUUUCUGAUUCUAUUUUGAUUAUUAUAUAUUAUUAUUAUUGUAAGUUGGCAUUUUGUUUAAUUAAUUAUUGGUCCAUAAGUAGGUUAAGGCAUUGCAUUGUAGACUGGUGUACCAACCACAGCCACAGUACUAACCACUCAACCACACCCCCAAUCACCAGAGUACCGAGCACCUGCACCCAAUCACCAAAAAAACUAUAUAAGCACACUCACUCCACUGGCUAUCAAGGUUACUCGGCUAUCAAGGUUACUCUGUAUCAAGGUUACUCACUCUGUGACUUAUCCUUCGGUCUGUGGAUUAUCUCCCGAGGGACACUGGACUGUGUAUCUGCACUGGGAGUUUCAGAUAAGACUGUUUUGGUUUAUUUACUGAGUUCACUAUUUUAGUUGCUGUUUAGCUUGUGCCAUACAAAUAAAUAGCACUUUUGAGGAGGCAACACGUGAAAUAUCAGCAGAAAAAUACAUUUCUGUCUCAAAGGUCAUUCCUCUAGUAUCACUGCUGCUUAGAGCAACUGCUGCCAGUGAGCAUCAAGGUAGCUCUUUUGCAACAGAACUGGCACAGCAAUGUCAGCAUAGAUUCCGUGGGAUUGAAACUAUACACAGCCUUGCUGCCAGCACCUUUCUUGAUAUUAGGUUUAAACACCUGGCAUUUCAUGACAAAGAUCAUGUAGAAGCUGUGAAAAAGCGACUCCUAUCUGAAAUGCGGGAUGUCCACUUGGAUGCUGCACCACUAGAAGCUUCCUCAACAUCUGUAUUAAGGUCUGUUAGAACCUACAGCAAGCUGUGCCUCAUCAGUGACAGUGACUCCUCCAGUGACCCCACAUGCUGCAUCAUCUACAGCUAAAGGAGGAAUAUGGGGGGAUUUUGACUUGCAGGUUCUAUCAGCAUAACAACAACAAUCAGGAAGCAGUGAUUCUAUAAUUGAAAUGCUUCGCUAUGCUGAAGAAAAAAUAGUUCCCCGAAAACAAGACCCAUUAGUUUGGUUGAGAAAUCAUAAACAAACCUUCCCAGCUCUCAGCAAACUAGCACAAAAAUAUCACAAAUGAAGAUUCUAACUUAAAUGUAAGAUUCAACCUGAAGUUCAGCUGAUUUGACAUUUAAAUAAUUUAAAGUGUUUCUAGCCUCACAGACAUCCCUGGUUUGAUUUUCAGUGCAUUCCAGUCUAUUGACUUUUAUCAAGGUUUUAUUUAUUUUAUUUUAUUUUUUUUUUCAAAAGCAAGAGAGUUGAUCAGUCAAAGUAAAAAAAAGGC